AUGUCCACUCUGAGUUGGGCCAUGAUUCGUUCUCCGACUUUUCUCAACAGGAUGAUUCUUCCAAAAUUAGCCAGGGAUCCUACCAGGAACAGUCCACCAACGCCAAUGAAGAACUGUCUGGCAGGAAUCUCUCGCGAAAAGAUAUUAAUUGUCGACUUCUCACCUUCCUCUUUGGCCAUAUCGAUCACUUUACCCAUGAUCAUAGGGAAAAGCAUCGAAACCGACGACGAAAUACCAAGGAAUAAGAUAGCUAUGGACAUGUUUGAUAAUUCUGUUCUUGUGAGUUUGAGAAGCUCCCAAAUCUCGUUGAACGAGGACUUUUUCUUUGAUUCGUCUUUGGAUUCUCCGUCGGUCUUCGACUUUUGA